UUCAUGACACUACUGUCCAGAGGUCUGUUUGUGAUUGGUGACAAGGACAUCCUGAGGCAGAUCCCCACCAAUGACCUGCCAGUAGCGUGCUCUGUGGAUGAGACACUGUGCCUGGUGCAGGCCUUCCAGCACACUGACAAGUUUGGAGAGGUGUGCCGAGCAGGAAGGAGACCAGGGAGAGACACCAUCGUUCCGGACAUCCAGAAGAGCAAGGAGUUUUUCUCCAAACAGAACUGAUCCAUCCACACCUCCGUAGAGGUGCUACGUCUAUACAGGGUACUAACUGAGCACUUACUGUUAGCUGGAUCGCUGACUGACUGAGUCUGCUGAUCGCAUUGAUUCUGUGUCAACUACACUGUCAGUGGGGAUGUGUUUUGUGAGAGUUCUUGAAAAUUAUAUAUCAUUUGUGUAUUAGGCUUGAUGUUGAUUCCAUCACAGGGCUUAUUUUACUGCUGUUCUCUAAUUCUUUUUAAUU